AUGGACAUGUCGGAGGAUCCACCCUAUUCUGAUGCCUUUAGCAAGCUGAACUCCAGCUAUGCCCAGUAUGGAGCCACGCACAACCGUAUCUACUUCUCGUCGAACUCUGGGAGGUUCAUGGAUGGAGUUCGGACUUUGGAGCAGACCGAUGGCUCCGGCGAGCACGCGGCUCUGGGUUUUGGCGGCACCAGGGUGUCAGCGGCAGAAAUGCAGGACAAUGCUGCCACGAAGCACUUGGUUGUGCAAGCAAGCUACCCUGGCGGCCCGGGAUACUUCGGACAUGCAAUAGACAACGUUUUUCCAAGAGUGCUGAGCGUCUUCCCGGGCGCCAAAAGUGCUGGCUAUAAGCUUUCCGUGGUUGUUCCGAAGACGUCUCGCGAGUUUUUCAGUCACAACACCCAAGUCCUCUUUGAGCAGAUGGGUGUGGAAGUACUUGAAGAGAUCCCUAAGACCCCUCACCGGAUGGCUGGCGUGACGAAUGUUGCAUCUUGGGAUCGACUCGUGCGACACAAUACUCGGAACGUCAUCCGCGAUGAACUCUUCCGGGGCUUGACUCCAGCUGCUUGCUCGGGCGGCAGAGAAGAUGGAGCAUCACAAGGUGGCUGGUCCAAGGUCUUCCUGUCUCGGCGCAGCGGCACCCGAAAUGGUCGCUCUGUCGAGGGCGAGGAGCUCUUGGAAGAGAAGCUGCAGAAGAGUGGUUUUCAUAUUCUUGACGAUCCUGGAAGCAUGCCUGUACAUGAAUUGGCCAGGAAGCUUUACACGUCGACGUGCUGCUUGGCUGGCUUCGCUGGAACAGCACUGUUGAAUCUGGUCUUCCUGCCGGAUGGAGCAAAACUCGUCGAGUACAAUCCCACGGGUUUGUAUGCUGACUACUGGGAAUGGGCACAUGCUCUGAACAUGAGCUAUGUUCACACAGUGCCAAGUCUCAGCAUUGGUGCCGGAGAAGCUGACAAGCUUGCCGGGCUCGCUGCGUAG